AUGCCUUUUUCUUUAACUGAGCGUGGCCCGUUAGAUAUUCCUGGUAUAGGAAACUAUAUCCUGAAGAUCUUUUCAGACGCUUCAACAUUAGGGUCACAUGAAUUUACCCUGUACUUCUUGGAUUCACAUGCAUAUAUUGAGAGUGAAGAAGAAGAGUUAUACGAUUUCAUUAAACCAGAGCAAUUGGAUUGGGUUAUCAAAUCAGCAAAGUCAUUUAAGUCUAAGCCCAAUGCUGCUGCGUUUUUCCAUAUACCUAUUUGGUAUAUAAACGGAUUUAAUGGAAAACUAGGCGACGCACGAGAAGGCAUUUCAAGUCCCAAGAAAAACAAGGUUUCUGCAUUGGAAGCAUUUAAAAUUGCUGGCGAUAUUAAAGUAACAUCAUGCGGACAUGACCAUGUGAAUGACUUUUGCAUGGAAAAGGAUAAUAUUCAGCUAUGUUACGGUGGUGGUGGUGGUGUUGGUGGUUAUGGCGCUGAACACAUGGGCUGGCCGAGACGAUCUCGUGUGUUUAAAAUUAGUGAUUUCGGAAGUACAAUCACUUCUUGGAAACGUCUCCACAAUGAUAAAUUAUCUAUGAUACACUUCCAAACUCUUUUUUCUGGAUAA